AUGUGCCGCUGUCGUCCGGCCCGGCCCGGCUCGGCUCGGCUCGGCUCGCCCCACCGAGCCGCCUCAGCCGCCGCGCCGCUCCAUCGCGCCCCAGCGCCGGCAGCAGCCCGCAGCCUUUGUCCGCCCGCCCCCUCAGCGCCGCUCGGCCGGGCGGUCCCGGCAGCGCAUAGCCGCCGCGGGGAGCCGGCAGCGGGGCUGACGCCGAGCAGGAGGAGGAGGAGGACAAGGAAAGCUCCCGCCGCCGCACGCUCCUGCCCGGGGCCGCCCCCGUCCCGUCCAGGCGGGGCAGGAGCAGAGGCGGAGCCGGGGCCGCGCUGCUCCCUGCGCCGCGCUCGGCCGCGCCCCGCCCCGCCCCGGCCCGGCCGGAGUGCGGGCAGCGCCCCCCGGGCUCCGCGCUCGGCCCGGCCCGGCCCGGCCAAGGUGGCUGCUGCCCCCGGUCCUGGGGACGCGUGUCCAGCUGCUCGGGGCGCGGAAAGCCGCGUUGGAAUGCGGAGUGAAAGGAGAGCGGGGACUGGAAGGGGAGCGGAGGCUCGCCCCCAUCUGGGGGUGGCUCCGCUCCCGUGCCCUACAGCGCACGGCAGUGCAAAGCUCCGCCGUCCGGACAGAGGUGCUGCCGGAGGUGGUUAA